AAAAAGAUUAAACUGAAUUUAUUUAAUCUUUAAUGAAAAACUUUAGGGACUAAUUUGAACAUUUUCCGUUUCCCUCGUAUCAAUAGGAAUAUCAGACAGUUGAACUUGUGCGUAUAAAUUUUUUAUACCUAUACGGCCGAUUUCUACGUAUAGAAGUUCCCAGAAAUACCAGGAAUCUAACACAGGAACUUCAAAUCGAUUUGCUGCGGGAGGUAAGAAACCCAUUUCUCUCUGAAGCCCUGAGCUCCUCUUAAUCUUUAUCACCGUAAUCCCUAGUUGCACACUUUAUUUUGCUCUUACUCCAUUUCCGGAUCUGAAAUCUUACCGCCAUUAAGUUCUCCAUUCUUAUACGUAGAAUUUCCUGGUAUUUAUCUUGAUUCACCAAAAUAGAGAACUUGUAGUUUGAUUCUCGAGGUUUGUUCCCUGUCGGAUGAUCUAAUGUGUAAAGUUUGGCAGCAUUGGGGGUUGUUUUGAUCUGGGUCUCUUGAAAUUAGUAAAUUUGAGUUGGAUUAUGUAAUUUCUGAUGAAAUUCUGUUUUUUGGAAACCAUGAUUGUUCGAGCUGAACGGAGCUCUAAUGCAGACGUUUUGUAGUGGAAAAUUUGAUAUGGUAUUUUCAUUUGAGGGUUCAGAAAACUCACCUUAAACAGAGGAUUUUGUACAUUUUACAGAGAAGAGAACGAAAAGGUUGUUACAGAUGGGGAAGCCAUUGUUUUACGAGAUCUUGGAAAAACCAGCUACUAGUUGUAUAAUAGGGAUAUGCAGUGCCAUUUGGUUUUAUAUACAGAAGAAAAAUAUUGGGUAUUCACAUGUGGGCUUGAGUUAUGAAACUGCUAUUGAAGGGCACCAUUGGAGGAUAAUUACAUCAGCUUUUUCACAUAUUAGUGUUCUUCAUCUUGUUUUCAAUAUGAGUGCACUGUGGAGUCUUGGUGUUGUAGAACAGUUGGGGCACAUUGGCCUUGGUGUUGCAUAUUAUCUUCAAUACACACUUGUGCUAGUUAUCUUGUCUGGAUUGCUAGUAUUGGGAAUGUACCACAUAUUGAUACAAAGAUUUAAGGUUGAGUAUUUUCGGAGAGUGACUGCAGUUGGGUAUUCUUGUGUUGUUUUUGGGUGGAUGACAAUUCUUUCUGUGAAGCAACCAUCCUCAAAGUUGGAUCUUUUUGGUUUUCUCUCGCUGCCCAUCAGUUUUGCCCCUUUUGAGUCAUUAAUUUUUACAUCAAUUAUUGUUCCACAAGCAAGUUUUCUUGGUCAUUUAUCAGGAAUCAUUGUUGGGUAUGCAAUUGCAUGGGGUUUGAUUCAUGGGAUGAACAAUUUCUGGGCACUCUCAAUGCUGGGAUGGAUAGUGGUCAUUUUUGUUUUCAGUUUGAAGCAGUCUGGUGCAUAUGAUUUCAAGUUUCUUGAUAUUGAAUCUGUUACUGAUCCUUCCAUGCCUUCUGUGAGAUUUCUCGAGAAUGGGAGAACCUUGCAGAUGAGUGCAUUACCACUUGAAGGUGUUGAAGUUGUUUAAUAUCUAGUAAUGAUCUUAUUCCUUAGAAUGUUCUUGACUUCAUUAAGAGUCCUUGUUGUGGGAUGCAUUUGCCGUUGAACAUAGUGGUUUCUGAGGUUAUCAGCAGCCAUCUGUCAUACCCGAAUCCCAAUGGAUUAUCUGUUGUACUGCAUAUUCUUUUUAUUUUCAGAUCCGUUCUUUUGGAUCUCAUUGUUUUGAUCUAUAGCUAGUAUAUCGAUCAAACAAACUUCCAAAAAUGACAUAAAUGGAUGUCAGAUAUAAUUGCCA